GCCUGCGGUGUGCGGCCGGGCCGACAGAGUGAACGGGACUGUCGGACGGCCGAACAGCUGGUCAGGCAUUGAGCCAGGCUGCGCUGGAUGGUGUUGCUGUGUGCUGGACAGCCGUCCAGACAGCCGACCGGAUAGCUGUCCAGGCAGCUGGCCGGGCAGCUGGUGCGGCCGGCUGACAGCUGGGCUGGGCAGCUGGUCAGACAGCGCACCAGACAGCGGGCUGGCGGUGGACGGUGCAGGCGCUCGGACAGCUCGGCCUGGCAGCCGGUCUGGCCAGCCAUCUCUGACGACGGCACACGCUGGAGUGACGCUACAGACGACGGUACUGCGAACUCACCCGCCACGCGUCCUGUCGGAAGCGAGAGGACCCGAUCCCGAUGAGGACGCGCGCGUCAGGAGACGGCUCCGUUGGUUUGGUCUAACCAAGAGCCCGUGAGGCUGUGUAAGCUCAGACAGCAGGAGGAUCAGCAGUCAGGGGCACACCGGGUCCGGUCUGGUGGCGUGAGACCCGACCAGGAGCCGUGGUGGACCUGGGCUUAAGAACACACCGGGCCCAUUCCGAUCGCGUGAGGCCCGACCAGGAGCCGCGGUGGACCAGGAGCCAGGAGCACACCGGGCCCGGUCCGAUCGCGUGAAGCCCGACCAGGAGCCGCGGUGGACCAGGAGUCAGGAGCACACCGGGCCCGGUCCGAUCGCGUGAGGGCCGACCAGGGUCCGCGGGCGGACCAGGAGCGGUCCGGUCACCCCGACCCCGUGCGGACCGUCCGCGCCGUGAUGAUCCAACGCCGCCCGAGAGACGCCAAACAGUGCCCGCCGCGACCGGUGCUGCAGAUGUCGCCGCUCGGAAGACAUGACUGAUGGAGCGCGCGGACUCAGUCAGCACCUGUCCAUGGUGGAGUCGUACCGGGAGCGGAAGAGAAGCGGUCUCAGUGGCCUGUCACUUAGGUUCGACGCCAGCUACGGCAGUGGAGCCCUACGUCCCAUCACAUGUCGAUACGGCCUGAGCCGGGGAUCCGGGUCCGACCAGAGCUCGCCAGGGUCCACGUCGUCCAGCGCGCCAGGCUCCGCUGACCUGCGCAGCCCGCUCCUGCCCUGGGACAGUCGUCCGGGCAGCUCCGAUAUCGUGCAGGCUGCCCAGGAACGCAACACCCGCAAGGAGACGAAGGGCCGCGCUCUUGGCGAGGCCCACCGCGCCCUGAGCGACCCGUUCACACUCGGCAGAGGGCAGCCUUCGCUGGCUGAGCUGGCGGGGCAAUGGCAGCCACUCCCACCCGUGCAGCAGCAGCCAGAGCCCACUGACGACUACGACAUCAUGCGGCGUCCGGGGGGCGAGAGGAAGCUGCGGCCCAUGCGCGUGCAGGAGCACAGAGCGGAGGAUAUGAUGGUGCGCGGCCACGGUCUGGACAUGACGCGACACGCGGCUGACAAGGGCAAGUUCGGCAUCAGCCAGCAGGGCACCCGAGAGGAGAAGGCGGAGGCGGCCAAGGCGGCGCCAGGCAAGAAGGCGGCUCCCUCUGACGCGGAGAAGGAGCAACAGCGGAUCCGAGCCACCAUGGCGAGCAUGCGGAACGAGCUGAUGGGUGUCGGCGCUGAGCCAGACGCGCCGCCACUCGUCGACGGCCAGCGCUCGUCGGGCCUCCUGGAGGAGGCGGCUAGCCGCGGCGCGCGCAUGCGCCAGUCCCGGGAGCUGCGGCUCACCGGCGGCGUGCAGUCCACCAGCGACCCGUCCUGGGGUCAGCGCAAGGUGGUGGCGCCGCGCCGCUCCACCGAGUCCACCGCGCCGACCGAGCCCGGCGCGCCGGACCUCUUCACGCGCAUCGACCCACGCGAGGCGGUCCGCACGUGCCGCUGAGGGCCAGCCGAUAAC